GAGGGGGUUUUGGAUAUAUUAUUACUGUAGGCUAAUGCAUUUCAAUAUGUUGUACGAUGUGCAAUAGUUUUCUUGUUUAAAAUACAGAGAUGAAGUGUGAAUUGUCCACUGUUGGCAGAAGCAUUAUAUAAUCUUAUUGGAAAUGAAGAAUAUCCCAGAAACUAUCGAUGAAUUAGUUACAACUAAUUACAAUACUUACCACAAACAGCCGUGGUACUAAUAAAUAUGUUAGUCGGAGUACAAUACAAGUGAAACUAUUUAUAUAAAUAUAGGGUUUAAAAACACUUUGAGGGAAAGGAAUUUUAAGGUCUUUUUGAUCUUUAAAUUUUAGCAUGAAAAAUUCAGCCGUUAAAAUCAAAGGCUAAAUUAUGCAUGGCUCUCUAGACUGAGUUCAAACAUCAGGCAUUCAUACAUUAGCCUAAACAACACAUUAAAUCAAACGAAGCAGAGGAAUGAAUUGAAGGAUUUCCCAGCGUAGGGACUGGUUCCAAAAACCAUGUCACGAAUAACGGAACCACAUAAAACAAUGUUGAUGUUAAAAGGCAUUUUAAUUGUCACCAUAGUAUUGACACACACCAGUUUUCUCCAAACAAAAUUCAUUUUAGUAAGUUAUUUAUGUAUUUAUUUAUUUGCAAAGAGGGGAAAAGAUGCUAAAUAACUACCUACCUUACUUUCCCCUCUGACAUUAACAUUAUCCCCUCAGACAUUAACGAGCUUUAAAAACGCAAUGUACUGAAAUGAUAUCUAUCACACGGCAUUUUCGGUAAUAAGGAAUAUGAAAGACUGCUUAUUAAACCCAUUGAAAUGAUGUCCACAACGAACUGAGAAAUUAAAACGUCAGACUGAUGCAAUGAAAGAAAUCAAUGAAAGAUCUGAUUUAAAUGAGACCGUACUGUGUGAUUAAUUACAUUUGCUUAGCAGUGAGUCGUGUUAAAAAGGGGAAUACCACUCACAUUCAAAGGAAUUAAUACACCACUAUUUAAAUCCUUUUUCUAAUCAAACAUGCGUUACAUCGAGUAUCUAUCCUAGUGGCUCGUCUGGAUGAAAGCGGUGAUUUUGCCAGUAUAAUUAAUCAUAUUAAAAACUAGGUUACGCAUCAUAACCAAGUUAAUUGUCAAACGGUUUUUGACGACUUAGUUAAUGCGCAAUAAUUCUGAUGUCUAGAUGGACUGUUUAUUGUAUUAAUUCAGAGCUUCUGUUCGGUGCAGCCGCUCAAAUUAGGUAUAGGGUUGUUUUAUUGCAGACUAAAAUGUAUCCGGUUUAUGUAUUUAUUUAUUUAUUUAUUUAAUAUUGAUUAAUUAUAAAAUAGAUCCAAAAAAUAAAAUAAAAAUAACAAUAAUGGAAAACAUGCAAAUAAAACGAGCUAAACAGAUUAUUUAUUCCACUCAUGUGUAUUGUUUCAGUGGAGAACAAAGCAUAGACUGAAUGCGUUAUCGGUACUAUUCGAAGUUUUGUUCACCCAGUCGGUAUAUGCCCACGCUUUGUUAAGCCUGGAUGUGUUGUGUUUCAGUCACAGGCAGGAGAAAAUAAUACCGCAAUAUUUGUUAAGUACCAGUUACACCGCAGAAGCCUCAGUCCACUGCACAGUCAUUUUACAGUCCAACACACGUCUCGAUUUUAGCUUGGCAGUACCACGAAGCAUCAUUUAAGACAUUAAAUGCGUCUUGCUUAUCAUGAAAUGGUUAGGGUACAAUAAGAUUUAAACACAUCAAAAGCAAAAGACAGAUUCAUAUGCAUGCUGCUUGAACGAGGAUUGAACAGAGCGUACAGCGCAUUUGCUAACAUCAUGUGCGUGAACUAUAAUUAUUCAGUAAUCAUGAAUUAUGAUGUGAUGAUGCUGUGUGCUAAACAGACGGUGCCGGUCUCCAAUAUAUAAUUAGACGCCAGUGAACGCCGAUUGGAAGUCGUGCUCAAGGGAGGCGGGUAUAUUUUUAUUUCGGGGCGGUCUCUGUGUAUCGACCCCGCCCCCUCCCAUUGGGGUUAGUGUUCUUGUGUUUUGCUCCCAGGGACAGUCAAACCGGAUUCCUUAGGGGAAAGCGCACAAAUCACUCCCAUUUUAACAAGGGGGAAAACACGGGAUCUUCAUCCACAAGGGUCCACCUUUCUUUCUAGCAUCCCAUUUCUCAUUCAUUUCCUUUAAGGAGAGAAAGAUCUGUGGUGAAAAAAAGAAAAAAAAAACUUGUCACUAGAAGAUGAUGACACUUGAUCUAGCAGUUUGAAAGCUGUUGUUGACCCUAUUAUUUCGUAAACUGACAUCAGAUCUGUUUAUUAAGGCUUUUCUUAAAACAGAAGGGACAGCAGUCAGCCCUCAAGUAUUGUUUUUUCAGAUUUGCAGUCAUUUUUUUUCCUGCUGAUUGUGCCUAUCUACAAACCUGGAUUCUGACAGCGUGGUCCCUCUCUCCUGAUAUCGUUUCUUUUUUUUAUAUACACGUUACAAGGUCGGGGGGGGGAAAAAAAGGUUGUUUUCAUGUUUGGGAUUCAGGAAAACAUUCAAAGGAGUGGGAGCAGCAUGAAAGAAGAACCCAUAGGGACGGGGAUGAAUGCAGUCCGAACAUGGAUGCAGGGAGCCGGGGUACUGGAUGCAAACACAGCCGCUCAAAGUGGAGUGGGUCUAGCCCGGGCUCACUUCGAGAAACAGCCGCCUUCCAACCUGAGGAAAUCCAACUUUUUCCACUUCGUAUUGGCCCUAUACGACAGACAAGGACAGCCAGUGGAGAUUGAAAGGACUACUUUCUUGGGGUUUAUAGAAAAGGAAAAAGAAUCUAGUGGUGAAAAAACUAAUAAUGGAAUACAUUACAGACUACAGCUCCUCUACAGCAAUGGUAUUAGAACGGAGCAGGACUUCUACGUGAGGCUGAUUGAUUCCAUGACCAAACAGGCUAUUAUUUAUGAAGGACAAGACAAAAACCCUGAAAUGUGCCGCGUUUUACUGACACACGAAAUAAUGUGCAGCCGCUGCUGCGACAAGAAGAGCUGCGGCAACCGGAACGAGACGCCAUCGGACCCUGUGAUAAUUGACAGGUUCUUCUUGAAGUUCUUUUUGAAAUGCAACCAGAAUUGCCUAAAGAAUGCUGGGAAUCCACGGGACAUGCGCAGGUUCCAGGUUGUUGUUUCCACAACAGUAAACGUGGACGGCCAUGUCCUCGCAGUCUCAGACAACAUGUUUGUGCACAACAACUCAAAGCACGGGCGGAGGGCUCGGAGGCUUGAUCCCUCGGAAGGUACGCCCUCUUAUCUGGAACAUGCAACCCCAUGCAUCAAAGCCAUCAGCCCCAGCGAGGGAUGGACUACAGGAGGGGCCACAGUCAUCAUAAUUGGAGAUAAUUUCUUUGAUGGCUUGCAAGUCAUCUUCGGUACCAUGCUGGUCUGGAGUGAGCUCAUCACUCCCCAUGCGAUUCGAGUGCAAACCCCACCGAGGCACAUCCCCGGGGUGGUGGAAGUCACACUGUCCUACAAGUCCAAACAGUUCUGCAAAGGGACCCCUGGGAGGUUCAUCUACACAGCUUUGAAUGAACCAACCAUUGACUAUGGCUUCCAGAGGUUACAAAAGGUCAUCCCUAGACAUCCAGGCGACCCUGAGCGUUUACCAAAGGAGGUUAUACUGAAACGAGCUGCAGAUUUAGUCGAAGCUCUGUAUGGCAUGCCACAUAACAAUCAGGAAAUCAUCCUGAAGCGGGCAGCGGACAUUGCAGAAGCCCUCUACAAUGUCCCUCGCAACCACAACCAGCUCCCAGCGCUCAGCAACACGUCUGUGCACGCGGGGAUGAUGGGAGUGAAUUCCUUCAGUGGCCAGCUAGCUGUCAAUGUGUCAGAGUCUACCAACCAGGGUUUCACUCGGAACACGAGCAGUGUAUCGCCUCAUGGGUAUGUGCCAAGCCCCACACCUCAGCAGACGAACUAUAACUCAGUGACAACAAGUAUGAAUGGAUACGGCAACACUGGGAUGUCAAACCUGGGAGGAUCACCAAGCUUUCUCAAUGGAUCAGCUGCCAACUCACCCUAUGCCAUUGUGCCAUCCAGUCCUACCAUGGCCUCCUCAACCAGCCUGCCCUCCAACUGCAGUAGCUCCUCCGGGAUCUUCUCAUUCUCACCUGCCAACAUGGUGUCUGCCGUGAAACAGAAGAGCGCCUUCGCCCCUGUGGUGAGACCACAGACCUCGCCGCCGCCCACUUGCAGCAGUGCCAACGGCAACAGCCUUCAAGAUCAGUCUUUUGUGGACUCUAGCAAGUACUCCACUGCAGGCUCACUUCAGGGCCUGGCCUUCUCCUGAACUAUACCUGGAAUAAUUGUUCCUCCAAUGUAGAAGAUGAAGCUACGAGGGGAAAGAAAACAACUUUGAAGAAGACUUUUUUUUUUUUUUUUUUUUUUUUUUUUUUAACUCCAGAAGGAGGUUGACCGCAGGUCCCAGCGAGGAGCAGAACUUAUAACUCAGGCCUUUUUAAAAAGGAAUCACAUUUAAAAAAAAAAAAAAAAAAAAAAAAAAAAAAAAAAAAAAAAAAAAGAUUGCAACAGCUUCUAAAUCUUUCAACCUUUUGAACACCGCUGAGACACGGAACAGGCAAAGUGUUGUUCGAAUAUUGUAAGAAAUAUUUAUUCUAUGUUGUGGAAAAUAUCUGCUUUUCCAAUUCAUUUUUCAUUUCAGCGAACAAUCAUAUGCCUUUUAUAAAUUGUAAUGUACACAAGGGACACUAUAUCAGAGUUUUGUGUUUUUAUUUAUAAUGUUUAUAAAACUGUGCGUGUGAAGAGGGCAACUGAUUAGUUACGAUAGAAGGAAAGGGUAGUGAAAUAAUUAGCAUAGGGUAGAAAACUUAGGGCCUCUAAAUCAAUUUUUUUUAUUAUUAUUGAAAAGUAAGGGUCAACUGGUAAAUGUUGUUAAAUAAAUACCAUGUUUACCAUUUGCAUUAACCUGGUUGAAAAUAUCACCUAGAAAGGGAUAUAUUUGUGUCUACUGAUAGCUCUCCAGUAGUCUUAAGACAGAAUCAAGCAUAAGUAGAAAACUCAUUUAGAAGAAUAUAUUUUAAUCAUCCUUUGAGAAAACGUUUGCUACUGGACAAUGCAAGAAUAUCAGUCAUGCAUUGAGAUGGUGGUUGCAACAUGUUUUUUCCUUCCAUAAUAUAAAGGUAUCAUUUUAUAUUUUUUAAUGGAAAAUUCAAUCAUUUUGAGUAGUGGUUGCUAUCUUUUCUGUCCGAGUGACUGACAGCUUGGGUUGGCCCCUACUUUAGAGCAGUUUCUACAAUAUAUAUUAAAGGAUGAAUGAAAAUGCAAAAUGGAAAAUCUGCAAGAGUUUAUUGAUGCAUUUUUUUUUUUUUUUUUUUUAAAAAAGGGACGAUCACAGCACUUCUGAGUGGACAGAGGCCUAAGAUCGACUUUGGAAAUUAAUUUUGCCAGCACUGUAUUGAAAUGCUCUUAAAAAGUUAUUUGUCAAAAUCAAACCAAUACAGGAUAAGGCAUAUUUUGAAUUGUUUCUAUGUUAUUGAGUUUUGAUAUGUAGUUAUAAAUAUUGUCUGGUUUUUUUUUGGUUCUGUUUUUUUUUUUUUUUUUUUUGCCAAAGUCAUUGUUUGGAAUAUAUUUAUACAUUGAAAUAUCUUAAGGCAGCUUUUCAGUACAGUAACACAAAUUUUUCUAUUACGUAUGUUUGCAUAAAGAGCUUACUACCAUUAGCUUACACUUGCAAAUAUUAAAGUAAAAUAAAUAGAAAUUGGUUUUGAAAAAAGGGGGAUUGUGUAAAAUAUCCAUAUAAAUAAUCUAUUUAUCUUUGGAGUUUUGUACAUUGCCCCCCCCCCCCCCCCCCCCCCGAGUUUUAGUCUAUUGUGUAUGUUUGCUAUGUGAAAAAGUGCCCGACUCAUUUUGUCAUCCACAGUUGAUCUUGCUGUUUUAAAUGUGAUUUGAAUAUGUUUCAUUUGUAUUUAGUUUUCAUUUCUAGUAUUGUUUAAAACCAUGCUUCCAUUUUUUAUUAUUUCCAUCAAAAAGCCAUUGUCUA